UCUCUCUCUCUCUCGUUCGCUCAACAAUCCGGUUCCACAUGGUUCCGGCUUUAACUGGAAAAACAAGCUGGCUGUACAGUUAUAAAAAGACUGAGGGGAUGGCCAUCACACACACACACACACACAGAAGAACUGAAAACACACCAGCUGAAAGUGUGACAAUUCCACAUCACUCCCAUCAGAGCUGCAGGAUGGAGCAGAAGAUCAGCGAUGUUGUACAGAUGUGCUGUGACGUCUCCGGGACCCGGAAGAUGAAGGCUGCAGUGAAGAGUUCAGUGAAAGGAGGCGCGGUGGCGGGGGGGAGCGCGGCGGUGGGAGGGUUACUGCUCGGACCUGCCGGCAUCGCUGUUGGCGGGGCUGUCGGAGGACUCCUGGGCUGGUGGAUGACCAGCGGGCAGUUUAAACCGGUUCCUCAGAUCCUCAUGGAGCUCCCUUCUCAUGAGAGACAGCAGCUUUACUCCGACAUCAGUGCGAUUUUGGGCUCAUUGGACUGGACCGACGCGUCUCAGCUGAUGGUUCUGGUUAGAGCCGAUAACACGCUGCUGCAGAAGGUCGAGGCUGGGAUUCAGUCGUUUGUUAGUAAAAGUCUCGGAGCUGUAGUGGAGUACGGAGGCUGAGCUAAGAGAUGAGAGUGUGUGUGUGUGUGUGUUCGUCUGAAGAUUUAAGAAUCACGAACAUCACGGUCGUACACACACACACACACACACACACACACACCAUCUCUCAUACCGAACCCUAACCCUGGGUUACUAGUCUGUAGGCUCUUAUUGGUGCUGCAGUAAAUAUAAUAAAACUGAGUCUGUG